AUGGCGGAGUCGUUUGAACUCGCCGAUAUCCCGCCCCCGGUACCCGAGAAGGACGAGGCAGCGCUCGAGCUGUCGCUGGCGUUGCGCUCACGAGUGAUGGCCCGUGAAAAUGACGGCAAACUUCACAGUGAAAGGAUGCAUGAAGUUAAACUUCAGAGCCAGCGGUACGACGUACUGUUAUACCGUAAAUUGACGGUUUCUUUUAUCCUUUGGCUCUUGAUGCUCGUGAUUAACAUGCUGGGUCUGUUUUCGUGUACGGGGGAUCUGUUGGCUUCAUGUUAUCCUCAGUACACUUUACGGAUCCAGGUCAUCAAUGAAUCAGGGAGAAAGACGUUACAUAGCAUCCAAUCGGGAUUGGAAGUGUUGCUGUAUUUUUCGAAAUCAGUCACCAGUGCCGAGGAGUCGAUGGGCGACCGGUUGGCAAGCAUGCUCGACAACUACCUUCACCUGGGUCCUGCCCCCAGUGACGAACCAACCCCCGAACCGAUACCCGAGGAGCCCAUACCAGAAGAGCCGCAACCGGAAGAACAAUCUGAAGAACAAUCUGAAGAAGAAGGAGAGGAAGAAGAAGAAGAGCAUACGCAUUUAGGGGGGUUGGAUAACGCCCCACGCGACCUUAGUUGGAUCAUGGAUAUGAUGAGUACAGCCACUCAUUGGUUAUCGGGCACCAACCAUUCCGAGGUGACCGAUACCUUCUCGCCGCGACUGAGCUUUUGGUUUAACUUCCACGGCUUUUGUCGCUACGACCACGAACGAUUCUCGAAAUCGUGUGAAAGUGCCCCCGGGAUGGAUGUAUUCUCACUGGUGGUGAGAGAUCUUGGCAUCCAGUUCGCUGUUCAUGCUAAUAACGAAGACCCGGAAACGGCAUCUAAACGAAUGGUAAGAAUCUACCAACGCAUGGUGGACAAUCUCAACGACCGGUACGAUAAGUUGUUGCAGGACGACAACAAGGCCGGCGAGUACAAUAUGAAGAGCUACAAAGACGUGAGGUCAUUACGCAACGCUCGCUACUUCAGUGAGUUCUCGAUGGUGGUGGUGCUGAUCGGGCUCUGGGUGUCGAUCAUCGUCACCGUCGUCUGUGGCCACUUGCUCAUGCUGUACUCGAGUGAAUUAAACUACUUCCAAUGGUUUCAGCGGCACAUGAACCUUGUGACUAAACUGUUAGUGGUGCUUACGUUGGGUUACUUUUUGAUGGAGUUACCCACGUUCCUCGGCGACAUGUACCUGUACGUCAAGCUCCGCAAGUUAUUCACCAAAUUAGCCAUUGCCGACUUUAACAUUGGCCUAGGAUUUUGCUUUACGCUUACCAACGUGUUCCUUGGAGCGGUACAGCUUUUGAUCCAACUCCGCAUGCUCCAGCGCCACGUUAAACUUUGA